AUGGAGAGUAAAGAGAUGAAAGAGUCGACACCUUCGGAUGUUGAUAUGUACGGGACUGUUGAUACGCUGUCGGUGGAGGAGGAGAAGAAGCUUGUGAGGAAGAUUGAUAUGAGGCUUAUGCCGUUGCUUAUUGUGAGCUAUGGAUUGCAGUAUUUGGACAAGACGAGUUUGGCGUAUAGCGCUAUUCUUGGCCUCAGAGAAGAUCUGCAACUCGUCGGUCAGCAAUUCAGCUGGGCAUCCAGUAUCUUCUACAUAGGCUACCUCGUAGCCUCAUACCCCAUCUCUCUCGGCUUCGUCAAAUUCCCUCUCGGCAAAUAUCUAAGCGUCCUCAUGUUUAUCUGGGGCGUCAUUCUCACUCUCCACGCCGUCGCGCAUAAUUACGCUAGUCUCAUGGUUCUUCGUUUCUUUCUUGGUGUGUUUGAGAGUGCGAUAAGUCCAGGCUUCUCGCUCAUCACGGGAAUGUGGUAUACACCUCAUGAGCAUGUAUCGCGCCAUUCGUUCUGGUUUGCUGGGAAUGCGUCGGCGAGUAUGGUUGGUGCUAUGAUUGCGUAUGGGAUUCUGAGUUAUCAUGGUCCAAUUGAGCAGUGGAAGAUGCUCUUUCUCAUCUUUGGGCUUAUCACUAUUGCUUGGUCUGUCUUGACGUUUUUCUUUCUGCCUGACUCUCCUGCGACGGCUGGCUUUCUGUCAACUUCUGAGCGAGAGUUUGCUGCUCUUCGACCUAAGAAGUUUCAGAGAACUACUCAGACUAAGAAGUGGGACCGAGGACAGUUUAUUGAGACUAUGAAGGAUGUCAAGUCCUGGUGGUUCUUUUUCUUCUCUUUCAUCAUCUGCAUUCCCAAUGGCGGAACUACCAGUUUCAGCACCAUUGUCAUCAAGAGCUUUGGCUACGAUGAAAAGCAGACUAUACUCAUGGGUCUCCCUGCAUCAGCCUUUCAACUCACAACCGUCAUCCUGGUCGCUGUCUUCACAACCUACGUUCGCAAGUCCCGUCACAUUGCUCUUGUUCUGACAUACCUGAUGGCCAUUGCUGGUAUUCUUAUGAUCAAACUCCUCCCCACAGCAGAAAAACUCUCCCGACUGGCUGGCUUCUGGCUCAUCAUGGCUGUUGCACCUGCAUUCCCUCUUAUGCUGUCGCUAUCCGCUAGUAACAUUGCCGGUUUCACAAAGAAGUCAACAGUCAUGGCCAUGAUCUUCUUGGGAUAUUGUGCUGGAAACUUGAGUGGACCUCAGUUCUUUAUCAGCACCGAGGCGCCUGGUUACCACACCGCUUAUACCACCAUCAUGGUCUGCUAUGCCAUCACCAUUGCUCUUGUAGUGGGCAUUUACUUCUAUCUCACCUGGGAGAACCGUCGUCGCGAUAAUGAGCAGGGUGUCAAGAGAGAUCCCGAGGAGUCUCAGCAAGUGGAUCUUGCCGAGGACGGAGCGCUUCUUCAGGUGGAUGAGACUGAUAAGCAGAACAAGAACUUUAGAUACAUUCUGUAA